AUGGCACCGAGCCACCUCCUCCGGGCUACGAUGCCCAUCCGCUCAAUUGCAUCGCCGAUGAGCCUGACACGAUCAAGCAUUAUCCCCUCUAAUCUCUGCCUCCGCCCAAGCAUUCGCUACAAUUCUUACACACCCACCGAAUCCACACAAGAACCCAUCGCCCCUCCACCAAUUUCCUCCGCCACCCCGACGCCGACCAUCCCCAAAUCCCAAACUCUCAACCCGCCUACGCUCCUCCGCGACUAUGCUUCCUCAACCAAGACCGGCACCGUCGCCUCCGUUGGCCGCAUGGACCGCACUGUGACCGUCGUCUACCGCUCUAACGAGUGGGACAAGCACAUCCGGAAAUACUAUCGGAAGGAAGAGAAGGUCCUUGUAUCUGAUCCGCAAAACUCUCUGCGCAAGGGCGACGUGAUCGAGUUCUCUUCCGGUGCUCCCAAGAGCCGUCGCGUGCACCACGUCGUUGAGCGCAUUAUCACUCCUUUCGCCGUGCCCAUUGAGGACCGACCGGCUCUGUUGACGCGGGAGGAGCGCGAGCAGGAGCGCGAAAAGCGCUGGGCUGCAAAGUAUGUUCGCAGGGAGUCUCGGCGGUUGGGCGAGGAACUUGAUUUGGAAGCUAUUGCACGAGAGGAAGGUCUUGUCCAGGAGGGAGAAACGCUUUCUACGGCCGGGUUGAUCCACCGUAUUUUCCUCGGACAGGAGCGCAUCGGCAAGGUGAAGAAGCUGGUCCAGGAGCGGACUUCUGAAGUCCAGGCUUGA